AUGCUGAUCUCUAAUCUGAAUUAAAGAACAAGGGCUUUUGGCAAUACAGUUAUACAAAAAAUCAGAAUUUUUAUUCUGUCAUUAACCUAAUUACAUUGGAUCUAGAAUGUUGAUGUUUAAGGGGAAGAAAGUCUAAGCAUUUCAAAUGUUAGAUUGAACGAUAAGAAUGUGUAAGAGGAAGGGUAUACAGUUGAAUUACAAGAACAGAAUCAAUCUAUAGAGACAUUUAUUUGA